CAGCUGAUACGCCACCUACUGCAAACCCAAGCUGACAGUCGGAGCAAUGCGAGCAGCAUUUCCAUUCCAACAUCGAGCUGGAGCUGAAUAAAGGUGCUUUUUAAAAAGAAACAUCCUCUUUGCAAGCUGACAAGAGCAAAGCAGGAUAGCUGUAUUGUUAUCCUAGCUUCAAUAAUGGAGAGAAAAGCAAGCAGGAGAGAAAACGAAUGCGAAGAAAAAAACAGCAACUCUGAAAGCUCCGAGCUAGACAAGGACUACAAAACGUCUCUGAUUACUCUGAAUGUCGGUGGUUAUCUAUAUAUCACACAAAAACAGACACUAACCAAGUAUCCAGAUUCUUUCCUGGAGGGGAUCAUAAAUGGAAGAAUAAUGUGCCCAUUUGAUGCAGAUGGUCAUUACUUCAUAGACAGAGAUGGACUCCUUUUUAGACACAUCCUCAACUUCCUACGGAACGGAGAACUUCUUCUACCAGAGGGGUUUCGAGAAAAUCAACUUUUGGCACAAGAAGCCGAAUUUUUCCAGCUUAAGGUACUCUCAGAGGCAGUGAAAUCAAGGUGGGAGAAGGAACAGCUAGCAUCCCGAGAGACUACUUUCCUGGAAAUAACUGACAGCCACGACCGUUCACAAGGACUUAGAAUCUUUUGUAAUGCUCCUGAAUUCAUUGCAAAAAUAAAAUCCAGAAUUGUACUGGUGUCCAAAAGCAGGCUGGAUGGAUUUCCAGAGGAGUUUUCAGUAUCUUCAAAUAUUAUUCAAUUCAAGUACUUCAUAAAGUCUGAAAACGGUACACGAUUGGUACUGAAGGAGGACAACACCUUCGUAUGCACCCUGGAAACUCUUAAAUUUGAGGCUAUAAUGACGGCUUUAAAAUGUGGAUUUAGACUGCUGACCAGUCUGGACUGUUCAAGAGGGUCGAUUGUUCACAGUGAUGCACUGCAUUUUAUCAAGUAAUCACAAAGGCACAGGAAACGAGCACGCAGCCAGUAAACCUCCCUGAGCUGCAGCCUCCUGGCAUCACAAAUAAUGCAUCUAACUAGCUCUGUACCACAGAGCUCAGCUGCUAAUCAACUGAUGUGAGCUAAUGGUAUGUAAAUCUCAUAAUGACAUCUAUCUCUGGCUUACUAAAGCUGACUGAAAAUUUUAUGCCUGAAUUUAACAAGAAUCAUCUGCUAACAUUGUAAACAGAUGGAAUGCUUUAUGUUCUUUGUAAUAUGUUUUAUCAAUGCUGUCUUUCAACCAGAGUCUAGCUGAAUUUUUGUGUACCUGUGUGAUGAACAUGCAUAUACCUAACUGCUCUGCUGAACAGCAGUGAGAGUGUUUUCAGACAAUAAGCAGGCUUAAAGUAUGUUUUGCUUUUAACAAAUUAAGAAUGGAUUUUAACUGGAAUAAAUGAUUUUGACUGUU